AAUAUGCAAAUAAUAUAGAAAUAAACAAUUCAUUAAAUUGACACGUAUUGACAAUUUAGUCUUUCAUGAACCUAUAGUAUGUUUUGGAGUGGGAGAACAAUGAAUGCCUGAGCUGAGAUUCAAACCGAGAAUUUCAAAACUGAGUGGCAAUUUUCACCACAACCACUGCGCUGCCCAAUAAAAACACAUUGUGACAUCAUAACAUUUAUUGUUGGUCGUGUUGUGAACAUAAACAAAAUACCGCAUCCCACACUCCAAAAAAAAAAAAAGAAAAAGAAAAAAAAAAAAGAAAAUUACACGAGUUCCAUUAAAAAAAUCAUUAUUUCUUCUUGGGUGGGGUCCAUGCCAAAACAUGACACUGUCGUGUUGUGUGUGUGUGUGUCUCUCCAGGAAGCCCCGGUAGAGGCUGCCGUCCACCGGUUCGACAUGGCAGACGGGCAGGCAGACAGACUCCUCCUCGUGCUGGUGUGGGGGGGUACGGAAGGAGAAAGUCCGGCUCACAUUUUCCUCCUCACCGCGGAGCCCGGUCCUCUUCUUCGCUGUGGUAACUGAAUAGCCCCGUGUAAUCUGACACUUCAACUUGCCGUGCUCUACGGUAGUUGAUUCAGUCACUCAGUUGCACCGUGGGCUCGGAGGAGCAGCUCCAGAGAGAGGGAGUGAGAGGAGAGAGAGAGAGAGAGAGAGAAACGUACGCACGCGGAGGGGUUUUUAUUUCAGCGUCGCAGAGGAGGACUCGCUUGGAGCUCCAAAUCGGCCGCUUGAGGAGGGCUCGGCGAGGGACCACGCGAGGAAUACAUGAGGGGUCCGGGCAGGGAGGGUGCAGCGGCAGCACCGACAAGAAGCGGGCCUGUGAUCGAUGAGGAUUAAGGCGCGGAUUUUGUCAACGUGAAACGCGGGAUCACCCUCCUCCACCGAUCAACAAGUCGAAGUUUCAUGGCGUCCCGGUAGAAGCGCCAACAUGAACACGCUACCAUCCAUGGACCGGCACAUCCAGCAGACCAAUGACAGGCUUCAGUGCAUCAAACAGCACUUACAGAACCCGGCCAACUUCCACUCGGCGGCCACAGAGCUGCUCGACUGGUGCGGAGAUCCCCGGGCCUUCCAGCGACCUUUUGAACAGAGCCUCAUGGGAUGCCUGACGGUGGUGAGUCGCGUGGCAGCCCAGCAAGGCUUUGACCUGGACCUUGGCUACCGGUUGCUGGCUGUGUGUGCAGGCAACAGGGACAAAUUCACCCCCAAAUCUGCCGCCCUGCUGUCGUCGUGGUGCGAGGAGCUGGCUCGUCUGCUCCUGGUGCGUCACCAGAAGAACAGGCAAAACGAAUCGCAGGGAAAAGUGCCCAUGCAGCCCAGCAUGAACAGCAUGAAGGCCGGCCUCACGCACAGCGAUGGCUCUUUUCCCUACGACUCUGUCCCCUGGCAACAAAACACUAACCAGCCCCCUGGGUCAUUGUCUGUGGUUACAACAGUUUGGGGCGUCACCAACACAUCACAGAGCCAGGUUCUGGGGAACCCAAUGGCCAACAGCAAUAAUCCCAUGAAUCCCGGGGGUAACCCCAUGGCGUCGGGAAUGUCAGCCAGCGCAGGGGGGCUCAACUCUCCCCAGUUCAGCGCCCAGCAGCAGCAGUUCCCCAGCAAAGGUGGCUCCAACCAGCAGUACAUGCAGCAGGGGAUGUACAGCAGGCCCGCAUACCCCGGAGGACCUGGAGGAUACAGCAGCAGUUACUCUGGAGGGCCCAACCCGCCCCCCGGAGGGAUGGGCAUGGCCUCCCACACGCGUCCAUCCGGCGACUUCACGCAGCCGGCCGCCGCCGCCGCUGCCGCCGCCGUCGCUGCAGCUGCAGCAACGGCGACUGCCACCGCAACAGCCACCGUGGCGGCGCUACAGGAGACGCAGAAUAAAGACAUGAACCAGUAUGGACAGAUGUGUUCAUCCUUCCAAAUGGGUCCCGCUCAGGCCUACAAUAGUCAGUUCAUGAACCAACCAGGUCCACGAGGACCCCCCGGAGGGAUGAAUCCUGCCAGCAUGGGUUCAGGGAUGAACAACCCAAACAUGAGCGGGCCUCCCAUCGGCAUGACUCAGGCCCGGACCCCUGGAAUGGGACCUUUCGGAGCUCACGGCCAGCGGAUGCCGCAGCAGGGCUACCCGGGAGGACCUCGGCAAGGCAUCCCCUUGCAGGGGAUGAAGCGGCCGUAUCCUGGCGAGGCCGGGUACGGAGGUCAGUAUGGACCGAACAGUCAGUUCCCACCGCAGCAAGGGCAGUACCCGACUCCCAACGCUUCGAGGCCCCUGCCUUCGCCCAACUACCCGGGACAGAGGAUGCCCGGGCAGCAGGGGCAAGGACAGUACCCACCUGGCAUGCCCAUGGGCCAGUACUACAAGCAAGAGCCAUUUAACGGGCAGGGCACCAACUUCUCGGGUGGCGGCUACUCAUACGGGCAAGGAAAUGGGCCCCCCAGGCCUGGGAACUACCCCCACUCGCCAGUACCUGGAAACCCCACGCCGCCCAUGACGCCCGGGAGUAGUAUUCCUCCGUACCUGUCGCCAAACCAGGACGUGAAGCCCCCGUUUCCACCUGACAUGAAACCAAAUAUGACUGCACUUCCUCCUUCUAUUACCAACGAGGAGCUGCGGCUGACGUUCCCGGUCAGAGACGGCGUGGUGCUCGAGCCGUUCCGCCUGGAGCACAACCUGGCUGUCAGCAACCACGUCUUCCACCUGCGGCCCUCCGUCCACCAGACCCUCAUGUGGAGGUCAGACUUGGAGCUGCAAUUCAAGUGCUACCACCACGAGGACAGGCAGAUGAACACCAACUGGCCGGCCUCGGUCCAGGUCAGCGUCAACGCCACGCCCCUCACCAUCGAGCGGGGCGACAACAAGACCUCCCACAAGCCUUUGCACCUGAAACACGUGUGCCAGCCGGGCAGGAACACCAUCCAGAUCACCGUCACCGCCUGUUGUUGCUCGCAUCUGUUUGUGCUGCAGCUGGUCCACAGGCCAUCUGUGCGCUCCGUCCUCCAGGGGCUCCUAAAGAAGAGGCUCCUUCCCGCGGAACACUGCAUCACCAAAAUCAAGAGGAAUUUCAGCAGUGUGGCGGCCUCAGCGGGCAGCACCACUCUCAACGGGGAGGACGGCGUGGAGCAAACGGCCAUCAAAGUGUCGCUCAAGUGUCCCAUCACCUUCCGCCGCAUACAGCUCCCCGCGCGAGGCCACGACUGCAAACAUGUGCAGUGCUUCGACCUGGAGUCUUACCUGCAGCUAAACUGUGAGAGAGGCACAUGGAGGUGUCCUGUUUGCAAUAAAACAGCAUUACUCGAAGGUCUCGAAGUGGAUCAGUACAUGUGGGGGAUCCUCAAUGCCAUCCAAAAUUCGGAGUUCGAGGAGGUCACGAUUGACCCGACGUGCAGCUGGCGGCCCGUGGCCAUCAAAUCUGAGCUGCACAUCAAAGAGGACCCCGACGGACCGCUGGCCAAGCGCUUCAAGACCAUGAGCCCGAGUCAGAUGACCAUGCCCAACGUGAUGGAAAUGAUCGCCCAGCUUGGGCCUGGAAGCGGGCCAGGGGCCGGCCACGGUCCUGGACCCGGUCCCAGCCCUUAUCCCCCGCACCACCCUGGCCAACAUGCCAGUGGAAACGGAGGAGAUUACCCGGGAGCAGGCAACCCUUACCACAGCCAAGGGAACUUUGACUUUCCUCACGGGAACUCAUCUGGAGGCAGCGGAGGUGGAGGAGGAGGAGGAGGAGGAGGGGGCCCACCUAUCAGUGACUUCAUCCACGGCCCUCAACUUUCCCACCCGCCGGAUGGGCCGAGCGGUCUUCUGUCCCAGGACAAGCCCCUCAACCACGGCAUGAAUGACACGAUGUCCCAUCCCGAACCGUCCCAUAACUCCAUGCAGCCCGGCUUGCAUGCUUCUCCCCACCCCAGCGGCCAAUCGGGGCCCUCCAUGCAUCACGGCGGCAGCGGCCAAUCGGGGCCGCCCUUGCAUCACGGCGGUGGUCCGUCGUCUUCGCAGCCGUCUCGCCCGCCGCCGCAGCCUCAGCCGCCUCAGCCGCCCGGCCAGAAUGCUCACCCGCACGCCGAUCUGACGUUUAACCCCUCGUCAGAUGGCCCGGACAUGCCCGAGCCUUCGCUGGAUUUGCUUCCAGAGCUGGCCAACCCGGACGAGCUCCUCUCGUACCUGGAUCCUCCCGACCUUCCGGCCAACAGCAACGAUGACCUUCUCUCCCUCUUUGAGAACAACUAACCUCCCGCUGCCCCCGUUCCCCACUUCCUCCUUUGAAGCUCACCUCACAGGGGGACGCGUUUGACUGUCCGGUCCACAGACACGUCGCCCACCUCCCACUUUUGACACUUGAGACUGUAUCCCAUGCGCACACGUGCACACUGUCUUUCGAAGAUGUGCUGCAUGGGAUGGAGGGGGAAAAAAACCAUACGGGAAUGCAGCUCAUCCCUGCACAUGUUUUUGUGUAAAGAUUCCACCAACAACAUCCACGGCCACGUUGGCGGGCACAAAAAAAAAAAAGAAAAAAAAAGGCAACGUCAUGCAAAUGUAUAUAGUUGAUAUACAUGUCUAAGAUACUUUAUCAAGUGUGCAGCUAUUAUUAUCACUUGUAAACGACAAAAGCCUGGAGACAAGGAAAUGAUUUUCUUUCUUUUUUUUUUUAUAUCUAAGCAUGAUUUGGCUUUUGUGGGAAAAAACAAUUCUUGUCUGUGCAUACGUGUUUUUGUCUACUUUUUGCAAACGUGUUCUUCCAAGUACGGCAGCUCAUGCCGCGACCUUUGAACCCACGGCCCUCCCCCUCCCUCCACCCCUCCAGAGUGCACGCGGCAAAUGGAGCGCACGACCUCGCUGAAAGGACGAGCGGUCGCGCAGUGUGUGUGUGUGUGUGUGUACGUGUGUUUGUGUCCGUGUGGUCGUCCUGCCUGCAGCAGAUGUAAAGAGGGGAGCAAAUCCACCGCCGUGUCCUUCUUCCACUCCGCAGAAGCUCUAUUUAUUAUCAUGUCUCACUCUUCCACAUCUUUUUUUUUCCUUCUCAUUUUGCAAUUGUGCCAAUGCGUCCUGUUGAUUGUUUAUCCAAUCGAUAUUUAUUGCUCGAGUACAUCUGUUGUUGUUUUUCUACAUCGUCGUCAUUUUCGUGUGCUUUUUUCUUUUCUUUUUUUUUUUUUUUCUCCGUUCUCUGUCUCCAAAGCAGAUCUUUCCUAUUUUUGGUAACUGUAUUUGAACGCAGCAUCUGUUCCCAGCAUCAUGCAGCCUCCUCUGUGUGUGUGUGUGUGUGUGUGUGUGUGCGUGUGUGUGUGACAAAAACUGUUGUAUAUACGCUUUGUGAAUACUUAGUGACUGUGCAGUGCUGUGCCCAUCUAUUACUGUCAACUUGACAUGGUACUGUGUUUCACACUCUCUCACACACACACACACACACGCACACACACACAAAUACACUAUACAAAUACUGUACUCACAAGUCCACUUCCAAACUGUUCCAAAUGCACUCUGGCCUUGUAUUGUGUGUAUUGGUGUACAUUUUUCCCCUUUGCCACCCUUUCAUUUUUUUUUUGUGUUUUUUUUUAAUGUGGUGUGUUGGUAUCGUGUCUAAAAUAAGUGUAAAAGCAGCUUAGAGGUCCAAAUGUCCACCCCCGCCAAAAAACCCCCCGAUAUAAUUGGUUACCUUUCAACAAUUCAAUAUUGUUUCAAAAAAUGCAUACUUUUAUGUAUUUUAACCCUAAUUUUAUGUGGUUUUAAAUGAAUUAUCAUUUUUUGCUUUUCAAGUUUGAUGGAGUCAAUGAAGUUGAAAAUGUACGUACUCAGUUUUCACCCCAUUUGAGUUCCCCCCCACCCCACCCCUUCAUACGCAACCAAAUAUGUUUUACUUGUCAAAUAUUGUUUUGAAUUUUAAUGUAAGACGAUGCACUGCCGCAUGGGGAUGUUCCCUACACAGUCAGUUUGCAUCUCUGUCCACUUCCAGCCAAUGAGAUGAGAAUUCAUGUUCAAAAAAAAAUAAUAAUAAUAAUAAUUAAAAGCAAGAAGCAAGGGUGGAUUGUGAGGCCGUGACUGUGAGGGGAUGCGCGUGUGCGCGCAUGUGUACAUAUUGUAAAUGACAAAUAGAGACCCAUUAACAGAAAUGUAUUCAUUUUUUUUCUCCAGAGGGAGUGUGCAUAGUGUAUUUAGAAUUUGUAAAGCUUGCAUCCUCCUGUCAGACGUCCCAAUUGAAAUCAUUUUUGACGAUCGCAGACCUCGCUAACGUCGCCUGUUCAUUUGUGUAAAAUACUUUAUGUCAACCCUCCCUUGCAUGGGGGGGAGCCCCUGACACAAAAUACAUUUUUUUCCCCCUUUGUGUAAUUAUUCUGUGUAUUUCUCCAUGGCCUGUGUACUUUAUAAAGGUGCUACAAAAUGAUUCACACCCUUCAUUAGGACUUGGAGACAAAGCUUUAGAGUUUGUAAAGGAGAA